GCUCAGCUUUGAGACUUCAAUUCUUACACCUAACCUCCGGAAAGACACUCCCUAUUGAUGCUGAUAGGUUGAGUUAAACGUACAAAUGUCUGCUUAGUAUACUGAAAUGUGUAUUCAGGUUGAUUAUAAGCUCCAGUGACAUAAAUGCACUGACAUGUAUGGUAACUGAUAAGCUGCAUCUGCUGUCUGUGUACAUAUACACUCUGGAUUCAGCCCAAAUGUGUAAUAGGCAGCAUGACAUACAAACAGCUGCAGCUGUGGAUUGAUGGCAGGAGUCCAUGAGCUGAUGGACCUGACUUGAAUGGAUGUGAAUGCAUGGAUAGCAUUUCAAGCAGCUUAAAUAGAUACAGUUUAAAAACACAGGUGUUUUGUAAGUGUCCUGUCAAGAUGCCCGAGAUGCUUCCCUUCUAAAAAACCUUUUAGUAACCUUGUCCUGUCAUGUGUCCUUGCCAACAGAGGGGGGUCAGAUCAACAACAACGUGGGACCGGGCUCAAACAUGGGCCAACAGCACCCGUACCCUGCCCUCAACCAGCUGGCUCACGUCUACGAACAGCAGCAGCAACAGCAGCAGCAGCAGCAGCAGCAGCAAAACAAGGACAUCAACAAGUACGCCUCCCUGAAGGCUGUGGCUGCCAAGUACAACGGUGAAAUCUACAAGCGUCGGCUGAUGGUGGAGCUGCCAACCAAGGGCGGGCUUCCUCUCCAGCCCAUGGGCAACUCAAGACCCACCAUGGGCAACAUGCCAUUGAUGGCUCCACAGAUGACUUCAAACAUGGCUUCUAACCCAAUGACCUCAAACCCCAUGAACCCCACCAUCACUCAGAUGUCCUCCAUGACACCAAUGACAUCCAUGAUACCUAUGACCUCUAUGACACCCAUGACCUCCAUGACUCCCAUGACUUCCAUGCAUCAGAUGACCUCCAUGACUCCGAUGACCUCCAUGACUCCCAUGACCUCUAUGAGUCACAUGACAUCCAUGACACCCAUGACCUCUAUGAGUCACAUGACAUCCCUUACUCCAAUGUCCUCCAUGACCCCAAUGACCUCCCUGGGUCCACUGACUCCUGAGCCAGUGGCCACCUAUGUCACUGAGAUGCCCAGGGUCUCAACUUUGCCAUCAGAACGGCACUUAGCCGGUGCAGGGGGAGGAGGAGGACUCAAGUUGAAUGGCCAGAAACACAAAGGCAGCCAUGGCCACAUUGCCCACAGCUCCCAUAGCUCUCACAGCUCCCACACUUACACUCACACUCACACUCAUGGCCACAGUAGCAAGCCGCCAGGACAUGGAGCUACCUCCCUGGCUCACAUGGCGGGGACUAUGCCAGGUGGCACAUCCCUGGGUAUCUCCAGGACGGCCAACGCCCCCAUUGGCGCAAGCUCGGCUACAAUGGGUCGCCCAUUGGCGUACAGCUCCAACACAAUUGCGACCGGUCAUGGUAUGGGGCUAGGGCUAAAGGGUUGGGAUGGUACUGAGACAGUGGGCCGAAGGAAGACUUACGGGCACAAGAGGCCUCAGUGCACUGUGCUGGAGCCCAACCAGCUUCAUGGCACCAGAGUCCAAAGCCACAGCCAACACUUCCUCCCCACACAGCCCUACUUUGUUACCAACAGCAAGACAGAGGUGACUGUGUGAGAGAGAGGAAUAAAGGGAGAAAAAAGGGGAAAUGGAUGCAUGAGGAGGGGUGGCACAAGUAAUCUCUGAGUUGAGACACAACUCCUUCGGUGGUCAAAGAUGCAGAUCAAUGUGUGUGUUUGUGUGGCUCAUUGGUAUACUGGUGAAUGUUGUGGGGCAGCGACACAGUGUCUGAGUGGUCCUCGUUUCACAGAGUGCACCAAUCAAAUCACUGAACAGACCCAUGUUAUUAAGGAUGGCAUCUAUGUUGACGGCAUCAGUAACCAUAACUUCAAGGAGCCUACAGAGCCGUAUGUCUGUACACUUUUGGGGAUAUUGGAGUGUUUUCUCACAGCUAAUAUCGACCCAGUUAUGGUAACAAUACUUGAGCAUAACAGGGCAACUACACACAGAUGAAGUGGGGAAACUGCUACUAAUAAAAUGGAUUUGCUUUUACGAACCCAACCUGAGAAGCAAUACAAGGGAUCAAAUGUAAAGUAUCAUAGGGAAGACAACGCAGCAAGUCACUCGACUAAUCUCGCAACAAGAGCUGUGAUCAUCAAAGCGUUGGAUUGUUUGGAAGAUAUACCAUUCCCUUAUGAUUACAGCCCUUAAUCUCCUGAGGGCUUUGAAACAGACACACAUGAUGAGGGCGCUGAGUGUUGGACUGUAGACCUGCAGGGCUUUGUACUGCGGCGAUUCAGAAGCGCCUUCAUAAGCUUUGCAGCUGAAGCUGAAGGUCGCCCUUUUUUUUCACAUGGCUCCAGCACAGAGAAUGGAGGCUGUCACACUGGCAUUGUUCUCUUCUGAUCUCAUCUGUGUGGUGACAGCUGGCUCAGAGGAUGGACAAGGAGGCAGGGAGGCAGCAUCUGGAUGAUACCGCAGCUAGCAGAGGACCCUUGGCGCAUGAUCCUCAUACUCACAAAUCUAUUUAAAUUCAUCCACAUGCAGACACCUCUUUUCAUACACACACAAAAACACACUGAAACAUAAACUCUAGAAAACUCACACGACAGGGUUUGACUAUGUGUUUAUAGAGAGGGGUACCAAUCAUUUUAGAAUAAAGUUAGGGAUGCCUGAAAUAGCUUCAGUAUUUCCACAAUUUCUGUAAGUCAAACUAGACUAUCGCAAACUCUAAAACACUCAAAUAAAACACCUGGGAAGUUUUAGCUAUUGUAAAUGGCAGCUAACUAAGAAUUCUCACUUUUUCUAUUCAAUCAUAGGGUUUGGGAAAUUGAAAUACUUUUAGAUUAGAAAACGAUUUACAUGAGGCUUUAAACAGUUCAAUGGUUUGAAAAAAAGAUGCUAUUCUUCUUGCCAAGAGUUCGGAUGAGAGGAUUGAUACCUCUUGUUGAAUGUUAAGUCGGAGCCAGAAGUCAUUUAGCUUAGCACAAAAACUGAAAAAAGGAGGAAAUAACUAGCCUGAUUCUGUCGUAGUUGUUCAGGAAGAGCAACUUCCUGGAGUCGCCCUAGGUUUUGCCAGGGAACAAAAUAUUGGACUAGUAUGAAUUUUAUGAUUGAAUACAUAAAAUGGACAAAAAUGUAACACCAGUAGAUGGAGACGUCGUCAGAAUGGCUUUGAUCACACCUAACGUGGAAAAAAAUGACUUCUUAAAUGAAAUAUAGUUUUUGAAAAUGAGGGUGUGCCCUCAAAAAGAUUUCUCAAGAUCUGACUAAAUUACAUUUUUUAUACAACAAAUAGUUUUAGAGUAAUAUAGAAGCACAGAUACUGUAAAGUACGUGUAAAAUUAACAACUAUGUACUUAACUUAUUUCAUAGAAUGGACCAAAUGUAAGCCUCGGCUAUUAUGUAUGCACAGAAUAUUGCAUAAGAUGUUAACCUUAUCUUGCUCUAGACAAGAGCAAGAAACUACUGUGAAAGUCGGUAUAACAGGAAUAAAAAUAAAACAC